CGGCAUUACAUACGUAAUUCAUCAUUUUGCCGCAGCCUGGCUAGUCCUGACACACUUUCUACCGUCGAUUUCCCCGUGCCCUAGUACUAUAUUUCUAAACCGAUAACGAUGGCGGUUGGAUUCUUAUCGCUACCUACAGAGCUGCUAUGUCACAUCUUACUCCUCCUCACACCAAGGGACCUUUGUUGUGGUGCAAUUCCAACCUGCAAAACCUUGUGUUACGCGGUCCAGAAUUCUGCCCACAUCCAAUAUAAGCUUGAGCUCUAUGCUCAGGGCUUCACUGAGACCGCCACCCUGGAUUCGAUCGGUAUUUCCAGGAAGAUGCACUCACUCAAGAAAUUAGAAUCCAUGUGGCGGUCUGACUUCCAUGUAAAUAUUGUUUUUCAAGCAGAAGUGACUACUUCCGCCACCCAUGGGGCACAAUAUAUGAAGAGUGGGCUUUGGUGGACGCGGAGAGAUCACAAUCUUUUCAUUCAGGAGUGCAACCCAGAUAUCAAACUCUUCCGGACGUGGCCCAGCCACAGCUUGUCCCUCAGGUCGCAGCACAUAUUGCAGUCAGUUAUCGUCGACCCUGUGCAGGAUCUUAUGGUCGUAGUCUCCUCGCCUUCUCCCCACGUUGCGAAUGAUGCCGACCAAGACCACUGUGUCUUUUCGAUGGAGUUUUAUAUGUUGUCAUCCCAGCUUCCUCAUCCGGACUCUGCUUGCGCUUCUCUGGAAUGCAAACAUACUGCUGAGGUGCCCGCGGUCUACUGUGUUGUUUGUUUGAGAGGGCCUGUAAUCUAUGGCGAUCGUAUAGUUAUUCCCUAUUUCAUAGAACCACAUCCGGGAAGUCCUGCUAUCCACAUACAAGUGGUAGAUUGGAGGAAAGGACAGGCACAGAGUUUUCCUUUAGGUCAACAAUCUGGACAACUUGGCAUGUCCCGACAUUUCCAUCUAAUUGACCAACAGACGUUGGUCGUUAUCGGCACGAACGGCCCCAUAACCUUGUACACAUUACAAGAACCUGACGGUUCGCCUCAGCGCCGAAUUACGUACAUACUUCCGCAAUACUCUCUUCCACGUCCAUUCUACUAUGUUGUUCAUGUCACCACAUCGUUCCGCGGCGCAGCGGCUCGCCCAGACCUUAUGCCUGGCUAUGUGCCCUCUCUGGAGCCACAAAUCAUGGUUUUGGAGGUUGUAUUGCCCCCAUCGCCCGUUAUCCUUGUCAUCGAUAUGGCCAUUUUCUUACAACAGGCCGUACACUUAGAGACACCUGUCGAGAUUCCGUGGUCAGACUGGGGACCCCAUCAUACGUGGUGCUUUCCGCACCACCCAAGCCACCGAAUCAGUGUGUUUGGUAGCAGAAUGGCCUAUGCUCUUCCUCAAGAUCGUACCCCUGAACCCGGAGAAAGACUGGAGGCACUCUCCACUAACGAUCGCUUCUACGUGCACAUUUGGGACUUCAAUAGGCGAGCCAUUGCUCGUUCGGAACAUACUUGCGACCCAGAUUCACCAAAUCUCUUCGUGCGCAAACCUGGUCGGCUAGCUGAAUUGCCCUUGUGUAGAAAAAUUACCUCGAACAAUCCCUACAUUGCUACCGUCUGCCAUACUUCUUUUUCGACGCGUAACUUUAGUGGGUUAUUCUUGGACCAGGAUCGGUUUACUAUGACAUGGUUGCGAAGUGGCAGCGUGGUUGAUAUUCAGGUCGUUUCCCCUGCACAUACAGAGGUUGGCUCGGACCCUACAAACUAGUAGGAAUUUCGGUAGCUGCGGCGGUGUUAUGAUGAACACGACCAACUAUACUUCGGUCAGUGUUGUGUA